GGCCCCGGGAUGGGAGGGGGAUCCUGGCCCAAUCCUGCUGCUGGUGGAUGUGGGGUCCUGGGCUCCCCCUGCCCCUAUGCAGGGAGGGAACGGGGUCCCCCUGGGCUUAGAAGUGGGGUGGGCGCAGGGUCCCAUUCCCCUACAGUGGUGACGGGCACAGGACCCUGUCCCCUUCCCCGGCUCAGUCUCUGUCCCCAUCCACAGCGCUCAGCUCGUCCCCAGGAUGUGGUGGCCCACGCUGCUGGCCCUGCUGGUCCCUGCGGUGGCCCAGUUCCAGGCGGAGCGGGAGCUGGAUGCCCAGUGGGACCUAUGGAAGAAAACCCAUCGCAAGCAGUACAACGGCGAGGAGGACGAGGCGGCGCGGAGGUUGAUCUGGGAGAAGAACCUCAAGUACAUCAACACCCACAACCUGGAGCACGCGUUGGGCGUUCACACCUUCGAGCUGGCCAUGAACCACUUGGGUGACUUGACCAGCGAGGAGGUGCUGAGGACGAUGACAGGGUUGAAGGUGCCCCGUGGCCGUCCCCGUCGCAACGAGACGCUCUACGUCCCUGACUGGACCGAGAGGGCCCCGGCGGCCGUGGACUGGAGGAGGAAAGGCUACGUGACCCCUGUCAAGAACCAGGGCCAGUGCGGCUCGUGCUGGGCGUUCAGCUCGGUGGGUGCCCUGGAGGGGCAGCUCAAACGCAGGACGGGGAAGCUGCUGUCCCUCAGCCCGCAGAACCUGGUGGACUGCGUGGCCAACAACGACGGCUGCGGCGGCGGGUACAUGACCAACGCCUUCGAGUACGUGCGGCAGAACCGCGGCAUCGACUCCGAGGACGCCUACCCCUACAUCGGCCAGGACGAGAGCUGCAUGUACAGCCCCACGGGCAAGGCAGCCAAGUGCCGCGGCUACCGCGAGAUCCCCGAGGGCAACGAGAAGGCGCUGAAGAGGGCAGUGGCCAGGAUCGGCCCCGUCUCGGUGGGCAUCGACGCCAGCCUCCCCUCCUUCCAGUUCUACAGCCGCGGCGUGUACUAUGAUGAGAGCUGCAACGCCCAGAACAUCAACCACGCGGUGCUGGCGGUGGGCUACGGCACGCAGAAGGGCACCAAGCACUGGAUCCUCAAGAACAGCUGGGGCGAGGAGUGGGGCAACAAGGGCUACGUGCUCCUGGCGCGCAACAUGAACAACGCCUGCGGCAUCGCCAACCUGGCCAGCUUCCCCAGGAUGUGAGCCCCCAUCCCGCUUCCCAGCUCCCCUCCUUGCUCCCCGUCUCCGAAGCUGGUGUUGCUCCAGGGGAAUCUCUGCCUUUCCAUGAGAAACCUCCCCAGGAACGGGGGGAGGCCCCAGCUCCCUAUGGAAGUUGGGAUGAGCUCCCCCCAGCUCCUUUGCCGUGCCGGGUUCUGCCUUCCCAUGGCCACAGACACUCAGGGCCGGCUCCAGAGAGUCUGAUCCGCCCGGAGAUGCUUGUGCAAACCGCCCCUGUUCCUCUGGGAAUGGGACAUCCCCAUGGAGAGCACUGUCCCCCUGCGCCCCAAGGCAGGAUGCAGGGAAUGAUAGGACUUUAUUUUUAAAUAAACACUGUUGGGAAUAAA